CCCACAAUAAUGGGAGAUUAUAUCCAGAACCAACUCAUGGUUGAAGGUUUAAAGUGACCACAGGAGGAAUAUCGCAUCCUAUGAAUAUCCCCUUUCUCGCUGCCCGAUUACAGCAAAGAGGCACAAUUUUCUGUAAUUUCGCGCAGCGUUCAACGUCACAAUACUACUGUGACGUCAACAUGGCUGGUUCAGGUACUACUCAGUUCGACUCAAACGAAGUCAAAAAGCUCUUCGAGAGGGGUUUAGGAAUAGAAGGCAUAGGACGCGAGACAUAUUGGCCGACAAGCACUUAUAUGAAACACGGAGCUGACCUUUGUUAUGCCAGUAUUUCGGAAAGGGACGCUCCAGUGCUUCGGCAAAUGUUGAACAUAGGACCCCCCGUCAGAGAGCUUUUUGUGUUCUCGAUUUCCAUGGCUGAUUUCAAAGUGGUUUUCGACGGGCUUGAGGAAUUUCCUUGUUUGAAAAAAGUCUGCGCCUAUGUCGACUGCGAAAACAAUGAUAUGGAAACAACACUCUCCAAGGCCUUUGGAAUUAGAAGCCUGCACACGCUGGAAUUGAGCUGCCAUAACACCGGGACAAGAUUUGCCAGAGAAGUUGCUGACUUCAUUCGACAGAACAAGACGUUGAGAAACUUAUACUUGAGAAACUCCUGGGGCGGUGACGAAGGGGCGGCAGUUAUCAUCGAAGCCCUGGCGGUAAACAACACGCUCAAGAGGUUCAGCCUACGUGAGAUGAAGUUAUCCUCAGACACCUUCAUCGUCUUCGCGGAGAUGCUCGCUACCAACUUGACGCUGCAGCUUGUGAACCUCAAUGACGUGUGUCCCGUGGAGAAGGACAAAGUGCGCUGGCUGUUGGCACAUAAAUGGCACGUCCACAUAUUUGAAAGGCUCGAGAUUGUUUGGCCCGAGCAGCUUUUGCCCGAACUCAGUGUGCUCAUCCAAGAAGGUGCAUGCCCUCCCCAACUGUCUAUUAGCAUCACCUCCUCGGUCAACAAAAGGAUUCUGUGGGAGCUUUUCCUCGCUGUUGGUGUCCAGAAGAAGCUCGAAAGGCUUAUUUUCCUUUCCGUCCACCUUGAUAACUCAUUCAGUGAGCUUGCGGAAGGCAUCGCUUCCUUAGUGAAAUAUACGAGAACAUUACAGCGGAUUGAGAACCGCAAGCAUAUAGAUAUCGGGGAAGAGCCUCAGCUUCUUGUCGUCUUGGAUGCCUUGAAAAAGAACAGUUCUGUCAAGUCGCUCCUCACGGCCGUGCACUUGGUCACGCCCAAAAUUGCAGCGUCCCUCUCGGAACUCUUUGAAGUCAACAACACGCUGAUUUCCGUGGAGCUAUGUGACUCUGCCUGCGUAAUCUCGACCAACGAGCUGCAAACGAUCCUACGUGGUUUGAAGACUAACUACACCCUGAACGAGCUCUGGAUUUCCGAGGAGGCUGAUGAACCCGAGCAAUUGAGAGAGGUGGACGAGAUACUGGCGAGGAACGUUCACCUCAAGAACCAGGCGGCGGAGUUCGUGAUUUCAGGCGCUCACAGGAGCGACAAGGAAGGCGCGGACGCUCUGAAGAAAGUGCGCUCAAGCGCUGCACUCGUUCAGAGGGUGCAGCAGCUCACCGGCAAGACGACAGAGGCUGUUUUACACGAAAUACAGUCAAUCUUAGCCCGCUUAAGUUAGUGAGUACGGCUGCUGUGGUUACCUCCAGCAUUGUCAGUGUGACGAAAGAAUACGCGACAGCUGUCUUGAACUUUUUAGCCACCAAUACUUACGGAAGCAUGACGUGUGCGACUUCAUACAACGUGGUCAGUAGUGCGUCCGACUAAGUGAUGACAUCUGCAAGUACAAGUUACCAUGACAAUAUUUCUUCUGGGCGUUUUCGCUGAUUCUUGUAAUAGCAAUAUAUCAGUUUUGAUAG